UCAAUGUGCUGAUGUAGAAUAAGUAAAAUGUAAUUCACUACAGUGAUAAGAAAACAUUAUCAAUUUAAUUUAAUUGUAUUUAAAUACAUUUUACAUACAUUAUCGAUUCAGUUCUAACAAUGUAUUCAAAACUAUUCUAAAAAUAUAUCCACUAUUGAACUAUAGUCAGUACCUAAUGCCUAGAAAUUUACUGCAAACAUGUGUAUUAUGUUGAAUUGUCUUUCCCCAUUUUGGAAACAGACAUGGAUGGCAUCUACCGUUCUAUUCCUCAAUGUGGGACAAGGGCUCGUGCUUGGUUACAUGUCUAUACUGACAGCCGCACUAAGUGCACCGGAUUCCUCUAUUAAAACUGAUCUAGCUUCUAUUUCAUGGUUAGCUGCACCCUUUGCCCCAGCGGCUAUAAUUGGAGGACUUUCAUCAUGUUUCUUUAUGGGCUGGCAGGGCCGGAGAAAAGCUUAUAUAUUAUUCAAUAUACCGGGUAUUAUUGGCUUGUUAUUGACAUAUUUCGCUCAAAAUUAUUUAACACUUCUCAUAGCACGUAUAUUGCUUGGAAUCACAGGCGGAGGACUACAUUCAGUAAGCAUAGUUGCUAUCGCAGAAUACGUGCAUCCAAAAUACCGAUGCAUGUUUUUAAACUGCAAAACAGUCUUUUUUUCUUCGGGAAUUACAAUAGUCCACGCAUUGGGACACUAUAUUCAUUGGAGAAGAGCUGCCGUUAUGAUUCUUAUUCCCCAUAUUUUAUCUUUCAUAAUGGCAUUUAUGUGGACCGAAAGUCCCGCAUGGUUCGCCUCAAAGAAACGAUUCGAAGAAUGCAAAGAUGCUUUCUUUUGGAUCAGGGGAAGAAGCAAUAGUUCGAAGUGGGAAGUCAAAGAGAUGAUCAAAGCACAAAGGGAACGGUUAUCAAAUAAUAAAAAACUUACAAACCGUAUAUAUUUUCUUGAAUUAUUGAAAAAAAUCACGAGAAGUGACUUUUUGAAACCUUUUCUAAUUGGAGUUUGUGCUGUAAUUGUCAUGGAAAUGUCUGGUAGACAUACUUACCCGGCUUACGCUUUACAGUUUAUGGCUGAUAUAGUUGGAUCUCAAACACAGUAUUAUUAUUAUUACACCAUAAGUUUAGAUUUGAUUAUUAUAGUAAGUGCUAUAUGUUCCUCUAUAUUGGUUCGAAUCAUUAACAUUCGGCCUCUCUUAUUUUGUACAGGAUUUUCAGCAUUAGUUGCAUUAUUUCUAGGGUGUAUCUAUCUUUUCUUAGUUUCAUUAGAUGUAAUAUCAAAUGAUAGACCAUGGAUAGUUAUUUUGCUUUUUAUAGUUUACUUCUUUUUAUCAAAUUUAGGUUGCACUCCAAUACCGAUAACACUAGCUGCAGAAAUAUUCCCGUUAGAACAUAGAGUUCUUGCUACUUCCCUGUUAAGUACAUUCGCAUGUGUUAUUUUAAUGGUUAAUUUAAAAAUAGUUCCUUAUUUAUUAGUCCAAAUUAAAGCAUAUGGAACCUUUGCCAUUUUUGGUACAUCCACAACUAUAGGGUUAGUAGCGUUAUAUUUUAUCCUACCAGAAACUAAAAAUAAAACUUUACAGGAGAUAGAAGAUUAUUUUUACAAUAGAAAUCUAAAAAAUAAAAAUGAUAAUGAUUUAAAUGAUGAUUAUGAUCUGAAAAUUGUAAAUGACGAAGAAAUUUAAAAUGAUCACAUCUUAUAAAUAAUAAUAAAACUCUAUA